AUGCUGGAUAAAGUGGAGAGCACCUUGAUGCUCAUAGCAGCUGGAGAAUUUGCAAUGGGGAUUUUAGGGAAUGCAUUCAUUGGAUUGGUAAACUGCAUGAACUGGAUCAAGAAUAGGAAGAUUGCCUCCAUUGACUUAAUCCUCACAAGUCUGGCCAUAUCCAGAAUUUGUCUAUUAUGUAUCAUACUAUUAGACUAUUUUAUACUGGGGCUGUAUCCAGAUGUCUAUACUACCGGUAAAAAAAUGAGAAUCAUUGACUUCUUCUGGACGCUCACCAACCAUCUAAAUGUCUGGUUUGCCACCUGCCUCAGCAUUUUCUAUUUCCUCAAGAUCGCGAAUUUCUUCCAUCCCCUUUUCCUCUGGAUGAAGUGGAAAAUUGACAGUGCGAUUCCUAAGAUCCUGCUGGGAUGCUUGGCCUUCUCUGUGUUCAUUAGCCUUGUUGUCUCUGAGAAUCUGAACGAUGAUUUCAGGUCUUGUGUUAAGGUAAAGAAGAAAACAAACAUAACUGUGAAAUGCAGAGUAAAUAAAGCCCAAUAUGCUUCCAUCAAGAUUUGCCUCAACCUGUUGACACUAUUCCCCUUUUCCGUGUCCGUGAUCUCAUUUCUCCUCUUGCUCCUCUCCCUGUGGAGACAUACCAGGCAGAUGAAGGUCAGUGCCACGGGGUGCAGGGACCCCAGCAUAGAAGCCCAUGUGGGAGCCAUGAAAGCUGUCAUCUCCUUCCUCCUCCUUUUCAUUGCUUACUAUUUGGCUUUUCUCGUAGCCACCUCCAGCUACUUUAUGCCAGAGACUGAAUUAGCUGUGAUGAUUGGUGAGUUGAUAGCUCUCAUCUAUCCAAGCCAUUCAUUGAUUCUAAUUCUGGGGAACAAUAAAUUACGGCAGGCGUCUCUAAGGGUGCUGUGGAAAGUAAAGUGUAUCCUAAAAAGAAGAAAUCACUAA